AUGCCUGAGUCGCUAAUCCAGGGAGGCGCUUCCAGUGCGCGCGACGAUGAGAAACUCUGCUCAAGUCAUUCAUCAACGGCGCUCGCCCAUUAUCUCAGAGACUGGGCCAAUACGUGUCAAAAAGAGGACGACGCUGUAUUAUGUACCUGGGACUACUCAGCGGACCCCUCUGGCUGCGAAUUUUGUUCAUUCAUGAAGGGCGAGGUGGAUCGACUCGACGACUACAUGUACAAAGGGCGGAUUCGUGAUAUAACAUCGUUCGUCAUAAGCUAUCAGACACUCAAGGACAUCAUUCAGCAGGCAGAGUUCGACGAAGAGCUGCAAGACGACGUCCCUGUCGUCCAUGAAGGGAUUGACAAUGAGUCGGGAGAACAUCAUCAUGAUAAGGGCCGGUGUCUAGUCUGCAGUAACAAUGAACUGCGAGAUGUCAACACUCACAACGCGGGUUUGCUUUGCUAUGAGUUCUUGUAUGGUUUGGACAGUGCGAGGAGCGUUCAUCCAGAAGCGGCAUCCCAAAGUCUCAAGAAGAAGUUGCCCUAUUGUCAUCGAAUCAUUGGCCACAUGGAACCUUUUCUACGCAGCCACCCAGAGUCAGAGUUAUGCCCAGUCUGUGUUUCAAUUUCAGAUCCAACAGUCUCGGGCAGAUUACUGGAUCGUUUCGAGAACCUCGGGCUCCAAGGAAAAAGAGAAUUAGUGAAAAAUCACAAUCUACCGAACGUCAGCACGCGGCUGUCUCCGAACGGUAUUCAGCAAAUUCGAGUCCAGCUAAGUAACGAGGGGCCUUGGAAGGGUUUGAUCUUACAAGAGUACGAGAUGGACCCGAAGCCACCCAGCAACGUACCGCACUUCUCAUCAUCAGGUGAGCUUGUGAAGAGAACUCCAAAUGUGCUCAGACCAGCCUAUCGGCAGCCUGAGAAAGAUGUGAACUUGUUCAUCCCGGUGCAUGAUCAUAAGUUCGGCUUCGCCCGCCAGACCGGUUCCAAAUUCAACGUCGAACUGAUGAAGAGCUGGAUCACAAAGUGCCGAUAUAACCAUGGCGAGGCUUGCCAGAAACAGCCGUCGUCAAAGCAGACGACAAAUCUUUUAUUGGUUGAUACUGAAAGAUACUGCAUCACCCCGAUCCCAGAUGGCCCUCCGCCGUUGUACUAUGCCCUCAGCUACGUGUGGGGAAAUGUUGCGCAGCCGAUCCUACUAGCCAAAAAUCUCAAGGCCUGGCAGGCAAACGGUGUCCUGCUCGGAACUGGAAUACCGCAGAAGAUCAGGGACGCCAUCACUUUAACAAGAGAAGCCGGUGUCAGGUAUCUCUGGGUCGAUGCUUUAUGUAUCAUCGAGGACGACGCUAAGCUACGAGACGAGCAGAUCAAUCAAAUGUAUCUAAUCUAUCACCAGGCGGAAGCUACUUUAGUUGCGGCGGAUAGCACGGACUGCUCUCAAGGCCUCUCCGGGGUGAGUCAGUAUGGUGAUAGGGAGGAUAUGCUUGUUGCUAUCCUGGGUACAUCUGUCGCCAAGCUGCCGAAGCAGCCCAAGUACAUACUCGAGGCGUCGACAUGGAGAACCAGAGGCUGGACAUUCCAGGAAGAAAUGUGCUCUCUACGUUCGGUUAUAUUUCUCCCGGGCUUGGUGGUCUUCUCCUGUCCCACUGCUGUUUGGAGAGAAGACAUCCAUCUCGAGGAUUUCGAUAUCCCCAGAUUAUCAUGCGGGCUCAACUCUCUCCCUCGAACCAUGGGAAAUGCCAAUGCUUCUGCACAAGAGAAAGUGAAGAUGUUCAGAAGCAUUGUCAAACAGUAUACGCAGAGAACGCUGACUCGUGCCGAAGACAUGGAGAAUGCGUUUGCAGGCAUCUCAGGCAUGGUGGAGGAUCUUGUUGGGCCAAUCUAUCACGGCAUCCCAGAACAUCACUUUGCGCAAGUUGUUGGAGGGUGUUGGUUCUGGGACAUGUACUGUGCACGGAGGCCAGGCUUUCCAUCCUGGUCGUGGACGGGAUGGAUAUACACCAGAGAGCAAGCGGACGCCGGGAUCGAGCCGAUACCGUCCUUGGGAAGCCCCGAAGGCCUGAUACAAUUCUUCAAGUUUCGCAGCGACGCCAUAGAACCAAUGUCCUCACCUGUCGGCGAGGAGACGGAUCCCAAUAGCUGGCUACACCCCGAUUUACGAUCCCACUUCAACGUCGAAUUAAACAAGAUGCAGUCCAGACACGCGCAGAUGGUCGCAGCACCUCGAGGGAUCCCCCCAGGUCUCAUCGCCUUCUACACCAGCCUCGCCUUCCUAUCUCUCCAAGCACCACAUGGGCUAUCUUCCACGCCAAUCCGCGAGUUCCGCGUCCUACACCCUCAAACCAAGCGUCAGAUGACCAGCAUAUCUCUCCCCGAAUAUUUUGUUGAGCUGCAUGGCGCCCUCCACCCGUUCGUUAUCAUCGCGGCCUGCGAGGAGGCGAAUGGGAGGGAUGCGGGAGGGAUGAGGUUGAUGCUGGUCGAGAUGGAAGGCGGCAUGUGCUACAAGGUCAACGUAACGUCGCCGAGAAAGGUGAUUCGCGAGGAGGAUUGGCUGGGCCUGAACCCGACGAAAAAGCUUGUGAUUAUGGCCUAG